UGGAUUAUUCACCUCAAAAGCGUGAAAACAUAAACUAAAAAUUUUCUUUCUUUCUUCUCACUGUUUUUAAAUAAAAAAAAAUUCAUGACUGAUCACUUGCUCAUCAUUUAUAUAUACAAAAGAUUUGUAGAAGAAUUCUCACUCAGAAAAAAAUCUAACAACAUGGCUAAAACAUGGAUGUGCCUUUGCUUCCUCAUCUUCUUCUACCUCUCGUCAGAAAUAAACUUUAUCAAAGUCAACGCAGAGAUGAAGACAUGGUGUGUGGCUAAACCUUCUUCGGACCAAGCAGCACUUCUAGAUAACAUAAACUACGCAUGUUCUCAUGUUGAUUGUCGCGUUAUAUCGAGUGGAUGUCCAUGUUACUCCCCCGGUAAUCUCAUAAACCAUGCUUCUGUCGCCAUGAAUCUUUACUACCAAGCUCAUGGAAGGAACUAUUGGAACUGCAACUUCAAGAACUCUGGACUCAUUGUCAUAACUAAUCCAAGCUAUGGAAACUGCUACUAUGACUACAAAUGAGCAAAAAGAUAAGACUUCAUACGUCUUUGUUACAAGAAAUCAAAGGAGCAUGUUUUACGAGUUUUAGUUUUAAGUUUUAUUUUUUGAUACUUCCAGUGUUAAAUGUUUAGUUCUUGAAACUUUAUAUAGUAUGCAAGUACACUUAAUUAUAAGGUCAAGAAAGAGAGCUAAAUAAGUUCUCCUACUUUAAUCAUUAGCUAAAUCUAUUUGAUCACCCA